ACCCUCGUCUCCCACCAUCGACCCAGCCCGACUGAGUAAAUAUCGAUUAUACCGAUAUACAGAUUCGACCAAGCAGCACUUAAAGCAAUAGUCGCUUCACAAUCUCCUGGAAAACACACUCACUUCUCCAACACACCCAAUCGCCAUGGCCAACGCCGCCCCAUCUGCUGGCAAGACCUUCGUCGUCGAGCAUCUGGACCCAGAGCUCGAGGCGUGGUCGUCUCUCGAAUACGCAAAUAUCGCCAAGGAAUGCCACUCCUCAGGCGCUCGCUUCCUGCUCUCCUCGGUGCCCCAGUCCUUGAAGCUCCCGCAGAACCUGCAGGGUGCGGAGGGUCUGACCGUUGAGAACAGAGGCAUCGAAGAGAUCUAUGCUGCCCAGAAGGAUAAAGUGUGUCUGCUGGAUCCGGCUGCUUCCAAGGACCUUAGUCCCGAGGAUGGCGAUGACUUUGAUAUCUUCCUUUUCGGAGGCAUUCUAGGAGAUGAUCCCCCUAGAGAUCGAACAUCAGAGCUGCGCAAGAAAGGCUACCAAGGACGCAGGCUUGGGCCUAUCCAGAUGACCACUGACACUGCCGUGCGGGUGACCAGGAUGAUCGUCCAAGAAAGAGUGCCGGUCGAUAAGAUUGUCUACCUCGACCAUCCCGAAAUCAAGGUCAGCAAGAACGAGACUACCGAGAUGCCCUUCCGCUACGUGAAGGGUGCGGAUGGAGGGCCGAUCAUGCCUGAGGGCAUGAUGGACCUCAUCAAAAAGGACUCGGAGAAGGGACUGGGCGAUCUGCUAUGAUGGGAGGUGGUUUCGCCCAGACGAUGUGCUGACUGUCCAUGAGGUCUGAAAACGCUAGUGUGGUCUUCGAGAAUGAAGAAUCGCAUUUGCAGCGCGAUGUCAGUUAGUAUGUAAGAGUAGAGCUGUACCUGGAGGUACCAUGCCAUGGAUGCAACCGAACUACGGUUCAGAUCGAUGCAGGGUGAUGGGCAACUGGCAAAAAGAGAAAAACGUACGAGUAAUCUCGGCCCCCAGGUUCUGUCAUGUCGCAUAGUUAGAUACGAGUAGAUACUCGCUCGGAGGACUACAGUGCAUGCUGGAGAGCGGCAUUGGACACAUGGAAGCGCUUCGAUGUACCAAAGUAGUUUAGAUCGUGGUGCAUUGCCCAGAUCUACCAGUACAUACUGUGUAUGACCACGACAGCCUAUGCGCCUUUGCAAAAGUGCAUCUGGGAAUCGG